ACAAAAAUAAAUUAUUGGAAGAAAUAUACUGAAAGUAAAAGUGAUUGCAAAAGUUGAUUGGAAGAAAUAAAUUAUUCUCGAUCAGCUAGGCCUUUCUGCGGCCGGGAGAAGACCCCACAAGGCCUCCACUGGUGUCGCCGGCGCCGGUGCCAGGGGAUUACGCAGUUCCGUCAUUUUCUCCCUCCUCAUCUUCCAACGUUUCCACACAGUUUCCUGCUAGUAAAUGUGCACAAAACUUAAAUUUAGGUAAUGUUUAUCACAGUCCACAUUUGAUUGAAUUUGAAGAAUCUCCACAUUCGCGCCACGUUGAUUCUUUUUCCGCUUCUAUUUCGCCGAGUAACUGUUCGACGAAAUGUCCCAACCAUGCACCUCCUCACUGCACCGUUACCUUCGCUGCUCUCUCCCCUUUUGACCCCUUCCUUCCCCCACCCUCAUUCUACUUCUCCUGCUCGACCGGUUGGGUGCUCCGAUUCGUGGUUCUGAAAAUGGUGUAAGAAGAUGGUUUAUCUACAAUCUCCAUUACUCUUUCUCUUUCAUUGAAACUUGAUUGGACCCAAUGGUUACUUUUAAAAGCUAUUUGACUUAUAGAAGAACAGAUAACCCUUUCAAAGUCUCCAGAUUUCGUAGCAUUUGCUUUUUCACACUAGAAGCUACAUGCUGGCAUAUAUACGGUGGCUUGAGAUAUUAUCAUUCUGGAUCAGAAUGGGGUAAAAAUCAGAAAUUGAAUCCAAACGAAAAGCCAAACAGGGUGGGGCUUUUCUGGGACUUGGACAAUAAACCACCCAAUGCAAUCCCACCUUUUGAUGUUGCCAAUAAGCUGAGAAUAGCUGCAUCUUCCUUUGGGAUUGUUCGUUACAUGGUGGCUUAUGCAAAUAGCCACACUUUUAGUCAUGUUCCUCAAUCUGUACGGGAGAAAAGGAAAGAGAGGGAACUGUUGUAUCGUUUAGAGAACAAGGGUGUCAUCAAGCCAAAUGAACCUUAUCGUUGUCGGGUUUGUGGGAGAAAGUUUCAUACUAAUGACAAGCUUGUCAACCAUUUCAAGCAACUGCAUGAGCGUGAGCACGGGAAAAGGAUAAACCAGAUUGAGUCUGCUAGAGGGAACAGGAGGGUGAAGUUGGUGGCUAAGUAUUCUAUGAAAAUGGAAAAGUAUAAGAAGGCUGCAAGUGCUAUUCUCACACCCAAAGUGGGGUAUGGUUUGGCAGAUGAGCUCAAACGAGCUGGGUUUUGGGUUCAAACUGUGUUGGAUAAGCCGCAGGCUGCAGAUCGAGCAUUGCAAAGCCACAUUGUGGAUGUCAUGGAUCAUAGGCGGGUUGAGUGUGUGGUUCUUGUGUCUGAUGAUUCUGAUUUUGUUGAUGUGAUAAAGGAGGCAAGGCUGCGAUGUCUGAAGACGGUUGUCGUUGGGGAUAUUGAUGAUGGUGUCUUGAAGAGGACUGCCGAUACUGCCUUUUCUUGGGAGGAAAUUCUGAUGGGGAAGGCUAAAAAACAGGCUGCUUCGGUUGUGAAAAACUGGAAGGAUCGUGAUAUUUUGAAGAGGUUAGAGUGGACAUAUAACCCUGAUGCAGAUAAAAAUAAAUUGGAUGUGGAUGUGGAUGAUAUUGUAGCUGAAACAUCUGAAGAUGAUAAUAUUGAAGAUACCUCUGAUGAAGUUGACGAUGUCUAUAAGGAUGACAGAGGUUCUUGGUGGGAAUUAGAUUCUGACAAUGAUGUCUCAGAGGGACAGUCGGGCAAAUUAUCCGAUUUAUCUGUGCAUAAGUGAACACUUGACCUUCUACUUGACCGAGUUUGGUCAUUGAAUAUGUGAGAUAACACUAUGUUGGAAAGUUAUGAAGGUUGUGGUAACUUUGAAAAGGAAAGUAGUAUCUAUUUAUUAGUUGUCUCGUUUGCUUCAUAGUCUUUAUCAGCUGGCAUUGUUUGAUUAGUUCUGGUUCCUUGUUAUGGAUGUCUAUUUGAUAUGUUUCUUUGGUGUUCUACUCAAUAACAGCUAUUUGCAGUUAAAAUCAGGAAAAAGGACUUUUUAUUGUAUGUAAUAUUAAAAUAUUGUGGCCUGGUGCACCCAUUUUUAAAAUAUUAAAUUUGCAAUAUAUUAUUUUUUCAUU